GUUUGUAAUUAUAAUCAAAUUGUAUAUAAACUCAAUGAAAAUCAAUGCAAUUCAUCUAAUAGAGUCGCAGAGGAAAAUUAAUUGUAAACCAUGGCUGGUACACAGAGUAGUAGUGAUCUAAGUCUUCGAUGGUCUCUUAAAGGAAAGACUGCCCUUGUCACUGGUGCAACCAAAGGGAUUGGACACGCGAUAGCGGAGGAGUUGGCUGGAUUUGGUGCAUCUGUUCAUAUCACUGCUCGAAAUGAAACUGCUAUUGAGGAGUGCUUGCGAAAUUGGAGAGAAAAAGGUUAUACAGUAACAGGUUCAGUCAGUGAUGCUACGGUUCCAGAUGAUAGAGAGAAGUUAAUCAAGACUGUUUCAUCGGUCUUUGAGGGAAAACUCAAUAUCCUUGUUAACAACGUUGGAAUGGCUGUGUACAAAGAUACUGUGGAUUACACAGAAGAGGAUGACGCAAAAGUUAUGGCUGCUAACUUCGACUCUGGAUACCAUCUAUCAAAAUUGUCACACCCUCUCUUAAAAGCCUCUGGUUCAGGAAGCAUUAUCUUCAUUACAUCCGUUGGUGGCGUUGUUGCUCUCCAGAAGGUGUCCAGUUAUGCGGCAUGCAACGCGGCUAUCAAUCAACUCACAAAGAAUUUUGCUUGUGAAUGGGCGAAAGAUAAGAUUCGGGCCAACAGUGUUGCGCCAUGGUUUAUUAAAACGGAGCUUGCAGAACAGAAUCUACAAGUAGAAGGGAUUCCAGAGUAUAUCAUAGCUAGAACUCCUAUGAGACGUCUUGGGGACCCAAAUGAGGUUUCAUCUCUUGUGGCCUUCUUAUGCCUCCCUACUGCUUCAUACAUCACUGGCCAAGUCAUCUGUGUUGAUGGUGGAUUUACGGUAAAUGGUUUCUUCCCUAUGCAUGAUUGAUUAGUGGAAGAAAUUAACUUCCUGAAAAAUGUACUUGCUUUUCGUCUUGGUGGUGAUUUUUUUGUACUUUUAAUGCAUUUGAAAUUUAUGUAUGGUAAUAAAAAUUGAAUC